UUGUGAGUUUAUAUAUAACAUACAUAGCAACCGCAUUGUGCCAUAGUAUAGCUAGCUUGCUCUACCAUGGAUACAGAUAGAGAUGAAGAAAAACCACUUCAUAUAGUAAUGUUUCCAUGGCUAGCCUUUGGUCACAUGAUUCCAUACCUUGAAUUGUCCAAACUUAUAGCACAAAAGGGUCACCAAGUAAGCUACGUUUCUACCCCAAGAAACAUACAGCGCCUCCCAAAACUCCCACCACACAUAUCCCCUCUCAUCAAAUUCGUAAGCCUUCCCAUGCCAAAAGUUGACAACCUUCCAGAAAACGCAGAAGCCACCACAGAUGUCUCUUAUGAUGUCGUCCAACACCUCAAAAAUGCACAUGACAAACUUGAGCAACCUCUUACUCAUUUCCUUAAAUCUUGUAAACCUGAUUGGAUUUUCCAUGAUUUUACUCACUUUUGGUUGGCUCCUAUGGCUUCCAAACUGGGUGUAAAAUCUGUAUUCUUUUCCAUUUUCACUCCACCGCUUAUAGGUUUCAUGGGACCCGUCUCGGUUCUCAAGGGUGAUGACCCUGGCCGAACAAAGCCUGAGGAUUUUACAGUUGCUCCGCCGUGGAUUCCGUUUCAGACCACUGUGGCUUACCGUUACUUUGAAAUAAUGAAGAUUGCAGAUAUGGUCUCUGGUAAUGGCUCAGGGUUUUCCGACGUGUAUCGUGCUGGUUGCUGUUUACAAAACUGUGACACCAUUUUGAUUCGAGGUUGCAUCGAGUUUGAACCUGAAUGGUUUCAAGUUAUCCAAAACAUUCAUAACAAACCAGUUCUCCCCGCCGGCCAACUCCCCACAACGGUGUUCAAUGAAAACGACACAUGGUGGUGGAUGAAGGAGUGGUUGGACAAGCAACUUUCUGGCUCAGUGGUAUAUGUAGCAUUCGGUAGUGAAGCAAAACCAAGUCAAGAAGAAGUGACUAAGAUAGCGUUAGGGUUAGAGAAAUCAAAGCUUCCAUUCUUUUGGGUUCUGAGAGUUCAACGUGGAUCUACAGACAAAGAUGUGUUGGAAUUACCAGAAGGGUUUGAGGAGAGAACCAAAGGGAUGGGAGUGGUGUGCACUGAUUGGGCUCCACAGAUGAAGAUAAUGGGUCAUGAAGCAGUUGGUGGUUUCUUGACUCAUGCAGGUUGGACAUCAGUUGUGGAAGCGAUUCAGAACGAGAAGCCACUUGUGUUGUUGACAUUUCUUGCAGAUCAGGGAAUAAAUGCGAGGGUGUUGGAGGAGAAGAAGAUGGGGUACUCUGUGCCGAGGGAUGAGGAAGAUGGGUCGUUUACGAGUGAGUCUGUGGCUGACUCGGUUAGGUUGGUUAUGGUGGAAGAAGAAGGGGAGGUCUAUAGAGAAAAUAUUAAAGAGAUGAAGGACUUGUUUGUUAAUGCUAGAAGACAAGAUAGAUAUGUUGAUGACUUGUUGAAACAUCUUAGAUGCGUUUUGAAACAUUGAUGGUCGUGUUGAUUGUGAUGCUACUGUUUCUUUCCUUGAUUAUGAUUUGUUAUGUUUUAGAGGAGUGCUUAGAGGACUUGUUAUGUUUUGUUUCUAAUGAGUUUUUAAGAAAAGGUUAUCGGCUAGUUGUUGCAAGUUUUUAUUAUUAAUUGUCUUUUAUAUUUUUUAA